CUCGCUCGCCAUCAGUCGCCCCUAAGUCUCAGGUUUGCACACAGCAUCCCGACACAUUAUUGCCUUGAAUUUCCAAUACUAUAGCAACUAAAGCCUAUUAAAUAACGCAAAGUUUACUAUGAUAUUUUCGAAAUAACGUGUCAGCUUAUCUAAGACAGAUCCGGCCGAAAAAUGGUGUUUAAUACUUUUUACGCGACACGAUAUACCGGCGUGUUGUUGUUAAACGCAGUGAUAUUGUCAGCACAGCCUUUUGCAGUCGAAAAAAUAGCUGUCGGUGCAAUUUUCGACCAGAACACAGAAGAGAUCCAGAAUGUAUUCAAGUAUGCGAUGACGAUCCACAAUCAGAACAUAAGCAGUCGUCGCCUCGAGCUACAGGCCUACGUCGAUGUCAUCAACACCGCUGACGCCUUCAAGCUUUCCCGACUCAUAUGCAACCAGUUCGCGCGAGGGGUGUUUGCUAUGUUGGGUGCGGUUACGCCGGAAUCUUUCGACACUCUGCAUUCGUACACCAACACGUUUCAAAUGCCGUUUGUCACACCAUGGUUCCCUGAAAAGGUUAUCCCGCCAUCGUCCGGACUAAUCGACCACGCCGUGAGUAUGCGACCCGAUUACCAUAAAGCAAUCGUGGACACAAUCCUAUACUAUGGCUGGAAGGAAAUCAUUUACAUGUACGACUCGCACGAUGGAUUACUGCGACUUCAGCAACUAUACCAGACUAUGCAGCCCGGCCGAACCGCGUUCCGCAUCGCACUCGUCAAGAGAAUUAAUAACGCUUCUGAUGCUAUAGAAUUCUUGUUGGCUUUAGAACAAUAUGACCGUUGGGGGAACAAGCGGAUAGUACUAGAUUGCAAUGCGAAAAACGCCAAAAGCAUAUUGGUCGAACAUGUUCGGAAAGUGCAAUUGGGACGCAGGACCUAUCACUACAUGCUCAGUGGACUGGUUAUGGACGAUCAUUGGGAAAACGAAGUAACAGAAUACGGCGCAGUCAAUAUAACUGGGUUUCGCAUCGUCGACCACUCGCGCAAGAUUGUGCGCGAUUUCAUGGACGGUUUGCGGCGAAUGGACCCUCGGUUCAAGGGGACUAUAUCGGCGGAGACAGCGCUUAUGUAUGAUGGUGUCCAAGUCUUGAUGGAUGCUCUUGGGAGAUUGUGGAGGAAGAAGCCGGAUGCGUUCAGGAGUGCGUUGAGACGUGCGGCAGGCCAGGCCAACUCCACUAAAGUCAUUGACUGUAAUCCUGGAAAAAGCUGGGUGGUGCCCUUCGAACAUGGGGAUAAAAUAUCCAGACUUAUCAAAAAGACUGAUAUUGAGGGUCUCACUGGGAACAUAUCAUUCAAUGAAGAGGGACAUCGACACAACUUUACCUUGCAUGUGGUUGAAAUGACAGUUCAAAGUGCCAUGCUGAAGGUUGCAACAUGGAGUGAUGCCCACGGGCUUCAGGUCGCCACACCAAGAUAUGUUCAGCUUCGUUCACCUGCCUCGUACGAUACUAACAAAACAUACAUCGUGACCUCUUUUCUUGAAGAACCUUAUCUAAUGCAGAAACCGAUAGAAUUUGGUCAGAAAGAAGAGUUAUUUGGAUUUUGCAAAGAUUUAAUGGAUGUCAUUGCGAAAAAAAUGGGAAUCAAAUACAAACUAAAACUAUCGAAUGACGCCAAUUAUGCAAGUGACGCCUUACCAGACAUUCACAGCGGCGUAGUAGGUGAAAUUGUGAGAAAGGAGGCAGACAUAGCGAUUGCACCAUUCGCAGUAACACCUGAACGUGAGCGAUUAGUGGACUUCAGCGAGCCGUUUCUCACGCUGGACACCCCGAUCGCUUACACGAGGACCCCAAGGCAGUUAUCGGACACAUUCAGUUUUCUUCGACCAUUAUCAAAAGAAAUAUGGCUCUGUGUGCUGUUCAGCUUCUUUGCUGUCAGCAUUGUCCUCUUCUUAGUAUCAAGGUUCUCUCCGCACGAAUGGAAAUCAGUUUCUAUAUCUGACACCCAAUUGGAUCAUACCAUGAGCAGCACGAGUGAGAUUAUUUUGCACAAUGAAUUCAGUAUUUGGAAUUCGUUCUGGUUUUCGCUGGGAUCUUUUAUGCAACAAGGCAGCGACGUGGUACCGAGGUCUUUAUCGGGAAGAAUUGUUGGGACAGUAUGGUGGUUCUUUGCCCUCAUCCUAGUUUGCUCUUACACAGCAAAUCUGGCAGCAUAUCUCAUUGUGGAGCGAAUAGCAGAACCAGCCCUUUCUACUGUCAGCUAUUCACCAAACAUUGCGCAUACUGAAAGCAGCAGUUUAAAUUUUCGGAACAAUUUUGUGAAGGAUCCUGUCCUAAAUGAAGAGGCUAUAUCAGCUUAUUCUGAUGACGGUGAAGCGUGUGGCCCUUCGCGUGUUUGCCGAUAUAAGCACGUUAAUUUCGCUUUCGCCACGGCAAAGGGAUCGCCUCUCAGGGAAGCAAUAAACUUGGCGAUAGUGAAUUUGAAAAAGGAAGACUUUAUAACUAAGCUUUGGCGCAAAUGGGCUACUUAUAACAAGAAGCCGGAUUGUGAAAUGAUCAAAGACGAGGAGACAACAAUAACAGAAAUGACGUUGAGCCAAGUGGCGGGUAUAUUCUAUGUGUUAGUGGGAGGCUUGGCGCUAGCUCUCGGGGUGGCACUGGUAGAAUUCUGCCAGCACGGGCGCGCCGAGGCGGCGCGAGCAAACGUGCCUCUUCGGGCUGCGCUCCGGGCUAAAGCUCGCCUCGCCUCUCGUACGGAGCGCAAAACGCCGCCACAACGAACACAAGGCGAUCACGAACGCCUCGGGUGGAAUGGUGCGGCUUUUGCAGGGUACUUCACGUCGGGUACGCAAAUCUCUCAGGAGGAUGCUGUCCACGCCAGUUUCACGCAUGUCUGAUCCGCGGAGAAGACCGGCGCCAACGUGCGCCAGUCUUCUACCACUAAAAUACCAAACAACGGCGUUGAUCUCUACCAACUUUAAACCUACACUUGUGGUCAUGCAUAGAACCAAUGGUUUUUAUAAGGGGUUUUUUGUAAUUCUCAAUUCAGUGUUGUUUGUAUGACCACCGUUCAGGCUUGUGCAAGAUUGAUAUAAUUUUUAACUCGUUAUCCUCAACGUGUUUUCAGUAUUUGUUAUAUCAAUGAGCUGUUUUGUAAUUUAUUUUAAUUAGUAAUUUACCAUCGAUACAACUACUGGAAUUAUAAUAAUAUAAUAUAAUAUAUAAUAUAUAUAAUGUCGGGACACCUUUUCACACACGGUUGGUUAGCCCCAUGGUAAGUUAUGAAUUAACUUGUGUUAUGGGUGCUAACACAACUGAUAAACUACAUAUAGCUACACAUAUACAUAUUUAUAAAUACAUAUUGUAACACCCAGACCACGACCAACAAGCAUGCUCAUCACACAAAUGUCGACCGAACCGGGAAUCGAACCCGGGACCUCAGAUUCGGCAGUCCGGCUUGGUGACCAUUGCGCCACAGAGGUCGUCAAUAAUUCAAGAUUUUAUCCUAAAAAAUAACAUUAUAGGGUGUUACUUCAUCUAAAUUGUAUAUUCGGAAUCUUAGUUUUUGUUGUAAGUUAUAAGCAAUCAACUUGCAUGAAAUUUAGUAUUUCUUGAACUCUGGAGAAGGUGUACCUACGACAGUUUCAUUUGGAAGUAGAAACUGUGGGAAAAGUGAUAAAAAUACACUUCAUUACAAAUUGUAUAAGCAUGCGUUAUUCGUCAACUCGCCACUCUAGACUCACCACGAAUGUGUCCAGUUGGUGAAACUCAAAAUUUGUACAUUUAUUAUGUUGUUAACUCGCCACAUUUUAGCAUUUUACCUGAAUUCAAGAUAAAAGUACAGUCGACACAUUCAUACAAAAAAAGUAGGUACUUUGAAUUUAAUUCUGCUGCUAACUACAAGUAUAUACUAGGGAAUCAUAAGUGCUUUGAAACCAAAUAGAUGCUAGGCGACUUACUUACCUCAGCAAAUUAAUGUUCUACAUUAAAAAUACCAUUCCCCGAGCCUUUUUCUCAACUUCGUUGGGGUCGGCUUCCAGUCUAACCGGAUACAGCCGAGUACCAAGCUUUACAAGGAGCGACUGCCCUAUCUGACCUUUCUCAACCCAGUUACCCGGGCAACGCAAUACCAAGGGGUAAUGGUCAUAACCGAUGUCAAAUUGCGCACAAACCACGCCAUAAUUCACACAUCGAUAAACUUAAAACAUGAUUAAUUAUGUACUAUCUAUACCAAGGAUGGCUCGCAUCAUUUAACUAUAACGAUAACAAACCAUAACUAGCUAAGAUACCGGCGAUUUAACAACUGGACGUGGUUCGGUUAUCGUUAUAGUCACUCAUCGUAAAAUAAUUAAAAUAAUAGUUAUGUAGAAAAAGCUAGAUUAGACUAGAUAAACCAAUCGACUUUAAACGAUAGUCCCAAUCUGAAAUAGGUUAUUAUAUCGGGUGUGUUAUACCUAAUCACAUUAAAUUAGAUAUUCUGUUAAAGCAUUUACAUCGGUUUUACUUUUUUUUUUUUUUAUAAAACGUAUGUACUUUAAAUAUUAUUUCCUACGAUUGUCUUUUUAUCGGCGGACUAUCUCAUGGGCGUUUUGUGUCAACUAGCCGGAACUACCAACGCGUGUUACCGUCACGAAGUAAGGCGCCUAACUGAGUAAUGAGAAGACGUGCCUCGCCUCUCCGCCCCACCGCAACUAGUUCCGCGCGGACUAUGGCACAAAGAUAAAAUAAAAUACGUAAAAAAAAAGAAAACAAAAUUCUAUUUAAGAAUAAAAAUGUGCGCGAAUUAGAACACCAUAUAAGAGUCAAUCAUUACAAACAACGGACAUUCUCCCUUGAAAACUGACAGCUAUCGACUGGUCAAUACAUUCAAUACCUACUCCUAACUUUAUCUCUGCUUUUCACAUGAUGCUGUAAAUUAUGAAAACGAAAAAUGACUCCUGUGGCUAAACCACUCAAUGGAUUAGGUUUUUUUUACAAUUCGCCAUAGAAUAUCAUAAAGAUUUAUGUGAUUAGGUACGACCACCCGAUAUAUAUAGUAUAUAAAAUAAAAUCAUAGUUACUGUUUUGGGUCGUUGGUAUUAUAUUAUGUGAGUAUUUUUAGGGAAAUAUAUUGCAAAAGAUUUGCCUUUACAUAAAAGCAAAAUAUGUGUUUUUGUAGUCACAGUUUUGUAGUUAAGGACUUAUUAAUCCUAGUAAUGGACUUUGAGAUAGUUGAUCUAUCAACCGAAAAUCCAUAUUAUACCAAUGAUUAUGCUACGAGUCACUGCCUUAUGAUACAAUUAUCGCACUACUCAAUAGGUGAAAUAAUGAGUACCUACCUACACAAUACUUACAAAGGAUUUAUACUUGUCAUAAAUGCAACCAAAAAGUUGCAUUCGUAUUAAAAUACGUGUAAGAAAGUAAUGUUUAAAAUAUGAAAUUUAAAAUGCAUAUUAAAGAUAGUUUUAGAUGAAUUUCACGACUUGGAAAACUAUAAUUGCACGCUAUCAGAAACGUAGAUAGGCAUUCGUAUAAACAAAAAAGUAAAAGAAAUAAAUACACCCCGAUGACCUACAGGUACUUUAAAGGAACGUUUUGAAACCGGCUGGCGACUACCACCUACUGACCGCAUGUGCAGACUACAUGUGUCCCGUACGAUUUUAGCGCGGUUAAAAAAUGAUUUUUUAAACUGUAACUGUAAUGUAGGUAUGUUCUCUUGCUGAGUCUGAACUACACUUUUUCGCACACUGCUAUAAAAUUAUCUUGUACCUAUAUUAGUAAUAGUCACUUUCAUAUUUUAAGUAUCCCUAUACCUACAAUAAUGUAUGUAGCUAGACCCAAAAAAAAUGUCACAAUCUUUUUAAAAGUCUUACAGGUAGCACUUUUCAUUAUCCAUUUACCUAUUUAGAUUUUAUAUUAUACUUAACCAUAAAUCUAUGAUGUAAAGAUAAAUAAAUAUCAAUCAACAAAACUACUCAAAGGAGUAAUCGAGUAGAUACCUAUUAAAUUAAUCGGAUAAAUAUUGCAGCUAUAGAGUUCAUCAUAACAGGUUAUCUUGACAGCUUCCAAAUUGCUCAAUUCCUUGUAUGCAACUCGUAUAUGAUAAGAAUAGUAAAAUGGCGCAUUCAGAGGCAGCCUCAAAAGUCGUAGAACACAUCUCGACGACGAGAAAGAUAAGCGCAGUGCGAAAUACAGUAGGCCCUAUACUGUUUAUAUUUAAGUACCUACAUAAAUGUAUGUAUCUAUAUUUUAGUUACUGUGGUGUUGUAUUAUACGCUUCAGCCAUCUGGAGAAUCCAAGUUUCGUAACCAGUACUGUAUGAGUCCAUAUAUAAAUAAAAAAAAAAAUUAUGAUACAAAGACUAAAUAUCUACAUACAUAGGGUUCAUCCAGAUAAUAGUUUAUGAAAAAACCUCAUGCAGAUGUUGUUCCGAAAUUCGGGUUCUCUAGACGGAUGAAAAUGUUGUAUUUUUCAAUUUCUAAUAUAGUAUUAGAUGGAGUAGAAUUUUAUUAGACCUAUAUUCGUGAAGAUUAUGAAUGUAUUUGUAGGUUAGUAGAAAACAUAUCUAUGUGCCAAUGUUAUAACCGUUUCGUCUGUUAAAUAAAUUGCUGUCCAGACAGUUUGUCUACAUGGUUUUGUGGGUUCUUUCAAAGUAGUCGUUUCUUGUUAGUGCAGCUACGGUGAGGGUGCCAUUUAACCAUAGCGUUCACUAAAUUUCAUACCAAACUGAACGAAAUACGCACCGUUGCCGUUAUCCACUCACUCACUAGUUCUAUCACUAAACACCUAUAUCACUAAAGUUAUAAUAAAAGACAAAGGACCGAUAGUGCUACUAUUAGUUUCAAGACUUGUAUUACGAACUUACAUGGUCCCUUUCAAGUUAUAAUGUAAGUGUUCCAAGUAAAGAAAGAUACCCUCCCACCAAACCGAGCAAAACUCAUAGGCGGAACACUCGCCGUUUUUAGAUUUCAUAUUUUAGCUUAUAAAUAAAUGUAUUGAUCAUAAUUUAAUAAAUAAAGAUUGUGCAGUUGU